CUAACCCCAAAGUCAGGGUUUUAUUGGGGUUCAGCCCACCUCCGUUUUGUUCUGUUCAACUUCUUUACACUACACAUCGGAACUUCCCUUAUUGCUCAAGGACACACUCCCGGCGGCAACUAUCUUCUCUAUGCGUGUGAGUUUCUCUAAAGGACAAUGGCCUCCGUUUGCCCAAUUGAUUCAAAGUACCCCAAUGAAAUCUCUGCUCUCCUUUCUCCUCCUUCACCUCACCAAGUUCAGGAAUAUUUUGAUCAGCUUGUAUGGACAAGGCAGUGUCGUGGUCUUCGAGUGAAGCAGAAUGGAGCUUUUGGAAAGGGUGUCUUUGCUGAUGCUGUUUUCAGAGAAGGGGACCUUGUCCUGAAGGACCAAAUGCUCGUGGGAUCUCAGCAUACGUCAAAUAAGAUGGACUGUCUGGUGUGCAGCUUUUGUUUUCGCUUUGUUGGAUCUAUAGAACUUCAAAUUGGAAGGAAGUUAUAUUUUCAAGAUCUUGGAGUGUCUACUAAUCAUCAAUGUGACAUGGAGCCUUCAUCACCCAUAUCAGAAGAUUGCAUGGAAACUGAAUCAGAUGAUGGCCAGGAGAUUGAAUUAGAAAAUAAUGAAAGCAUGGGAGCAUGUUCUUCCAGCACUUCUAAAGGCGCAGAUUUACCCAAAGGGCUUGUGGAAUCAUUGAUGAACGGUGGCCUAUCAUUGCCUCACUCCAAUGAGUUUGCGAUGCCUCCAGCCAUUCCUUGUCCUGGGGGAUGUGGUGAGGCCUUCUACUGCAGUAAAUCGUGUGCAGAAGCUGAUUGGGAAGUAUUCCAUUCGUUACUUUGUACUGGAGGAAAAACUGAACCUUCACGCAGGGAGGCAAUGCUAAAAUUUAUACAACACGCCAAUGACACAAACGACAUAUUCCUCCUUGCUGCAAAGGCAAUUUCUUCCACUAUUUUGAAGUAUAAGAAGUUAAAGCUGGCUUCUUCUGGACAACAAACGAAAUAUGGCACAUGCCCUAUUCUCAAUAAUGCUGAUCUGUCCAUUCUUUUGGAGGCAUGGAAGCCAAUCUCGAUGGGACAUAAAAGAAGGUGGUGGGACUGUAUUGCACUGCCGGAUGAUGUCGAACCGUCCAACGAAGUUGCCUUCCGGAUGCAAAUAAGAGAGAUGGCUUUCAUGUCAUUGCAGCUACUCAAGGAAGCAAUUUUUGACGUUGGAUGUGAACCUUUAUUCUCCCUUGAAAUCUAUGGCCAUAUAAUUGGCAUGUUUGAGCUAAAUAAUCUUGAUUUGGUUGUAGCAUCACCGGUUGAGGAUUACUUCUUGUAUAUUGACGAACUUUCAUCUCCUCACAAGGAAAGAGCUGAGGAAAUUACCCGACCCCUUUUGGAUGCUCUCGGCGAUAGCUAUUCAAUUUGUUGUCAAGGUACAGCCUUUUUCCCCUUACAGAGUUGUAUGAAUCAUUCUUGCUAUCCAAAUGCUAAAGCGUUCAAAAGAGAGGAGGAUAGAGAUGGACAAGCAACCAUAAUUGCAGUCAGGCCCAUCCACCCAGGGGAAGAGGUCACAAUUUCAUAUAUAGACGAAGAUCUACCGUUUGGUCAGAGACGAGCAUUACUUGCAGAUUAUGGGUUCGAAUGCAGAUGCCCCAAGUGCUUACAAGAGCAUCCUUAGCAAGCCAUUCCCUUUGGAAUCUGCCUCAUCGAUUAAGUUUCAAACAAGCUGGGCAAACUAAAAGAUUUUUUUUUCUGUUUUGAACAAUUAUAUAUUAAUGUUUCAAGAAAUGUAGCUGUAGUAUUUUCAAUCGUUCUAACUUUAUUAGUCUAAUGUUAAACUUCUCAUCAUUGUGAUGAUGCCAAGUUUGCUAGAUACCUAGAGAAGGGAGGAAAGGUAUAAUGAGAAAAAAUUAUUUGUAAUUGCGAAUUUAUGGUUAACUCAUUCUGUGAAGGUAAAACCUCAAUCAAGGACUCGUUUAAAAAGUACAAA